AUGUUGGUGGCUGUUUAUAUGGGUGGAGAUGGACGUAGUAAAUGUUGCUCUGAUAGUCUGUGCACAGGAUGCUUUUCAGGCAAUUUUCAUCCCAACGUACCUGCAUCUCCACCUCCAGCUUCUAACAACUCUAACUUGCAAACACCUAACCCUAAACCUGUGUAUUCAGUUCUCACACAAAUUAGCACCAAUUAUCAACAAAUUUGUGCGAGUUUAGCUUUAGGCUUAGUCGGUGUUACUAGGUGUGCAAAUUUUAUCGCGGGAUUUGCUAACCCAUUGACUGUUGUUAAAUGUGACUGUGAAAUUAAUCUCAAAAAUUAUAGCCCACUUGCGUUGGGGGAAUGUAUAAUUAAUUGCAUUGGAUGUUAA